AAAAAUGUCAGAAAGAAACAGCAAUCAAAAAAGAAGCAUUGCACUGACCGGGAUGGCUAUGAAAUGGAAUUCAGCUCUUCUGCUCCUACAGCUGAGCUGUUGCUUCAGCUCCGGGACGUGUGGAAAGGUGUUGGUGUGGCCCACAGAAUACAGCCACUGGAUCAACAUAAAGACCAUCCUGGACGAACUUGUCCAGAGAGGCCAUGAGGUGACUGUGCUGGCAUCUUCAGCUUCCAUUCUCAUUAAUCCUGGCAAAACAUCUGCUAUUAAAUUUGAAGUUUAUUCUACAUCUGUAACUGAAGAUGACUUUAAGGAGUUUUUUGUCAAAAUGAUCAAUGAAUGGAUAUAUGAUGUGCCAAAGGAUUCCUUUUGGUCACAUUUUUCACAAGUAGAAAAACUCACAUGGAAAUAUUAUGACUAUGUGCAAAAGCUCUGUGAAGAUGUAGUUUUCAACAAGAAACUCAUGAAGAAGCUACAGAAUGCAAAAUUUGAUGUUGUUCUUGCAGAUGCCAUUAGUCCUUGUGGGGAGCUGCUGGCCGAAAUACUUAAAACCCCCCUGGUGUUCAGUCUGCGCUUCUCUGUUGGAUACGAAUUAGAGAAGAACGGUGGACGACUUCCCUUCCCUCCUUCCUAUGUUCCUGUUAUAUUGUCAGAAUUAAGUGAUCGCAUGACAUUCAUGGAGAGGGUGAAAAAUAUGAUAUAUAUGCUUUAUUUCGACUUUUGGUUCCGAACAUUUAAUGUGAAGAAGUGGGAUCGGUUUUACAGUGAGGUUCUCGGAAGACGCACUACUGUAUAUGAGAUGAUGGGAAAAGCUGAGAUGUGGCUCAUUCGAACCUACUGGGACUUUGAAUUUCCUCGCCCGCUCUUACCCAACUUUGAGUUUGUUGGAGGCCUCCACUGCAAACCUGCCAAACCCCUGCCUAAGGAGAUGGAAGACUUCGUCCAGAGCUCUGGAGAAAAUGGCAUUGUUGUGUUUUCUCUGGGGUCAAUGGUCAGCAACAUGACGGAAGAAAGGGCCAAUGCAAUUGCUGCAGCCCUCGCCCAGCUCCCGCAAAAGGUCCUGUGGAGAUUUGAUGGCAAGAAACCAGAUACCUUGGGACCCAAUACUUUGCUGUACAAAUGGCUGCCGCAGAAUGACCUUCUUGGUCACCCCCAAACCAAGGUUUUUGUAACUCAUGGUGGAGCCAAUGGCAUAUACGAGGCCAUCUACCAUGGGGUCCCCAUGGUGGGCAUUCCUUUGUUUGCGGAUCAACCUGACAACAUGGCUCACAUGAGGGCCAAGGGAGCAGCUGUCACCUUGGACUUCACCACAAUGUCCAGUGCUGAUUUUCUCAGCGCUCUGAAGACUAUCAUUAAUGACCCCACAUAUAAAGAGAAUGCUGUGAGGUUGUCUAGAAUUCACCAUGACCAGCUAAUGAAGCCUCUGGAUCGAGCGGUCUUCUGGAUCGAGUUUGUCAUGCGCCACGGAGGAGCCAAGCACCUGCGGGCUGCAGUCUAUGACCUCACGUGGGUCCAGUACCACUCCCUGGAUGUGAUUGGCUUUCUGCUGGCCUGUGGGGCAGCUGUGAUGCUGUUCCUCACAAAGUGCUGUCUGUUCUGUUACCGGAAGUUUGCUACCCCAAGGAAGAAGGGGAAGCAGGAGUAGCUGGAUCCCAGAACUGAAGCUGGCAUCCUGAGUGGACGGGCUCCCAGCGUAUGCCAGAAAGAGGGGUAUUAUGGAGAUGCUCCUCCUCCUGGGACAAAACGUCUUUCCCUACUUACCUGGUCAAGUCAGAAUUUCCAGAGAUUUAGUUCCUAUUUGAAAGAUAGAAUUAUCCCAUGUUGAACAUUGUUAAAAACUGGAAAAUGUAAAAAUCAUAUAAGAUAAAAGAGUUUAUGGCUAAAUGUGUUGUUCUAAUUCACAAAUUAUACAAUAAGCAUGUACUGACUUAGCUGUGUUUCACACAUUGUGUGUGGAUAGAAGAACAUGAAGAAGUCCACUCUUUGUAUCAAUAGUCAGAAUAGUUUGGCUUUAUCUAGAGCACAAUUUUGUUACUUUAUUGAGUAUUACUCGGGGGGAGAAACAAGAUGGCGGACUGAAGUCAGCUUUCAA